ACAGCUCCUACUUCACAGGCAGCCAGCGGAGGAAAGCCACCAGUCCGAGUUGGUUGACCCGAGGCGACGAAACACACCGACUGCCUGGCAUCCGCGCCGGAGAGGAGCGAGGAGCCACGUCCCCUGCGUCCCGUCCGCCUCGUCCGCACACGGCCCCGCGCACAGCAGGAUGAACGCGUUCUGGACGUUUGGACACUUUGGGCAGCAGCGCGCAGUGGAAAACGGGAUUUAGUGAAGAAGUUGGCUUUCGCAGCGGCGGUGCCCGAGCCGAGGACUCUCGCUGUCAAGUCGUGAGAGGGAUUUCUGACUUUUUUUCUUUCCCACUGUCGCCAAAACUGCUCCCCGAAGCACGAGGACCGAGGGAUAUAAGAGUAGUUUUGUGGUUUUUAUGAAGUUUACUGGAGAAUAAAAGCUGUUUUUCUUCUUCUGAAAGCUUGGUGACAUCUGAAAUCUGAAACGCUGAAAUUUGCUGUCAAAACGGAAUACUUUGGGUCAGCGGCGGGGAGUCUUUGGAUAGUUUCUUGCGGCGUCAGAGGCCGCCGUUCUGCCGGACAGCAUGCGAACGGAGGAUGUUGUCUGAGUCGGGCCUCGCUGCUCUGUGUCUCAGCUCGUCGUCCAGAGGGAUGACGGCUCUGUGGUGCUCACUCUGGAUUUCCUUCCUCCUGCCUCUCUGCGUCGCUCCGGCCCGGCUGCCCACCGCUCAGCCCACAGACUCUGUGUCCAGCGAGACAGCCUUCCUGGAGGACUAUGUUCUGGGCAUGGGGGACACACUGGAAAUGUCAUGUGACCUGGAAGACCACUCAGAGCCCGUCGUCUGGUUCAAAGACGGCAUAGGAUUGGCGCCGAGCAACCGGACACGGCUGGGUCAGAGGAUGUUGCGCAUCAUCAACGUGUCGUACGAGGACUCGGGCGUCUACUCGUGCCGGCUCGCCCACAGCAACACGCUGCUCAGCAACUACACCAUCAGGGUGACAGAUUCUCUGUCGUCUGGUGAUGAUGAAGACUAUGAUGAAGAUCCAGAAGAUGCAGGUAAUGCAAAUGAAGCUCCAUAUUGGACCAGGCCCGAUCGGAUGGACAAGAAGCUUCUGGCCGUUCCUGCUGCCAACACUGUCAAAUUCCGCUGCGCCGCGGCCGGAAACCCGACGCCGACCAUCCACUGGCUGAAGAACGGCAAAGAGUUCAAGGGAGAGCAGAGGAUGGGAGGCAUCAAGCUGAGACACCAGCAGUGGAGUCUGGUGAUGGAGAGCGCCGUGCCAUCAGACCGGGGAAACUACACCUGCGUGGUUGAGAACAAGUACGGCGCCAUCACCCACACCUACCAGCUGGAUGUGCUAGAGCGCUCCCCUCACAGGCCCAUCCUUCAAGCGGGCCUGCCAGCCAAUCAGACGGUGGAGGUGGGCAGCGACGUGGAGUUCCACUGUAAGGUCUACAGCGACGCCCAGCCGCACAUCCAGUGGCUGAAACAUAUCGAGGUCAACGGCAGUCGCUACGGCCAUGAUGGCGUUCCCUACGUCAACAUCCUGAAGAGUGUGGUCAGUAAACACACUGAGGCCCACAGUAAGUUGAAACUGUCCAACGUGACAGAGAAAGACGCUGGGAAGUUCUGGUGUCGCGCCUCAAACUUUGUAGGCAAGUCAGAAAACGCUUUCUGGCUUAAGGUGCACAAAGCAGUGAGCCCGGAGAAGGAGGACUACUACGCCGACAUCCUCAUCUACCUGACGGGCUGCGUGCUCUUCAUCCUCGCCGUGGUCAUCGUCGUCCUCUGCCGCAUGAGGAUGACCAAUCAGAAGACGCUGCCCACGCCUCCCGUGCAAAAGCUCUCAAAGUUCCCCCUCAAGAGACAGCAGGUGUCCUUGGAUUCCAACUCCUCCAUGAACUCCAACACGCCGCUGGUCAGGAUCGCCCGCCUGUCCUCCAGCGACGGACCGAUGCUGGCCAACGUUUCAGAGCUGGAGCUGCCGUCUGACCCCAAAUGGGAAUUUCCCCGCACACGGUUAACUCUGGGUAAACCUCUGGGCGAGGGCUGCUUCGGUCAGGUGGUGAUGGCCGAGGCCGUCGGCAUCGACAAGGAGAAGCCCAACAAGCCGCUCACUGUGGCUGUGAAAAUGCUGAAAGAUGACGCCACAGAUAAAGAUUUGUCAGACCUGGUGUCGGAGAUGGAGAUGAUGAAGAUGAUCGGAAAACACAAAAACAUUAUCAACCUGCUGGGAGCGUGCACGCAGGACGGUCCUCUGUACGUCCUGGUGGAGUACGCCUCUAAAGGCAACCUGAGGGAGUACCUGCGGGCGCGGCGGCCACCCGGCAUGGACUACUCCUUCGACACCUGUAAAAUCCCCGACGAGCAGCUCACCUUCAAAGACCUGGUGUCCUGCGCGUACCAGGUCGCCCGAGGCAUGGAGUACCUCGCCUCGCAGAAGUGUAUCCACAGAGACCUGGCGGCCCGAAACGUCCUUGUGACGGAGGACAACGUUAUGAAGAUCGCAGACUUCGGUCUCGCCAGAGACGUGCACAAUAUAGACUACUACAAAAAGACCACGAACGGUCGUCUGCCCGUGAAAUGGAUGGCUCCGGAGGCUCUGUUCGACCGGGUCUACACGCACCAGAGCGACGUGUGGUCAUACGGCGUGUUGUUGUGGGAGAUCUUCACCCUGGGGGGCUCACCGUACCCAGGGAUCCCAGUAGAAGAACUCUUUAAGCUGCUGAAGGAGGGACAUCGGAUGGACAAACCCGCCAACUGCACCCAUGAGCUGUACAUGAUCAUGAGGGAGUGCUGGCACGCGGUGCCGUCGCAGAGACCGACCUUCAGACAGCUGGUAGAAGAUCACGACCGGGUUUUAUCAAUGACCUCCACCGAUGAGUACCUGGACCUGUCGGUGCCCUUCGAGCAGUACUCGCCCACCUGUCAGGACUCCAACAGCACCUGCUCCUCAGGAGACGACUCGGUGUUCGCCCACGAUCCGCUGCCUGACGAGCCCUGUCUUCCCAAACAGCUUCCCAGUAACGGGGUGAUUAGGACAUAGAAGCCGAGCUGGGAGGGGAGGGUGGACAUUGACCUCCUCUCACAGUCUGUGACUUAUAAUCACCUCUCAGUGACUCAAGCUCCUCAAGAUAUGGAAAUGAAAACUCCGCAUGCAAUACUUCCACAGUGCUUCAGCUCUUCGAUUCGUCUUAAACUCUUGGUCGAAAAUCCUCUUCGAGCGAGUUUUUCUUCCUCUUCCUCUUCCUCCUCUUCCUCCUCCUCCUCCCCAACAGACUCUUGAAACAUUGAAGGAUUAUUUUUUGCCGUUGAACCGUGUUUGUGUUCUUCUUUUCAGAAAUGAAAUUAUAUUUUUGUACUCGGGCCAGUCUUUUGUUACGGACAAUCUGUGGGGUGAAACCAUUCCGUGCCUACUCGGAUAAUAACCUCCUGACAUGGAUGAAAAAAGAAAAAAAAAGACAUAAAAGGAUAUAAGAGCAGGGAACGAAGGGCAUUUGGUAAGUGUCUGGUUGGCGAUCCAGUCGGCGAGGACCUCAGAGUUUUUAUCCUCUCGUCUGCACGGAGCCCAGAGAUCGCCACGAAAAAGUUUGCGAUCGGAAAAAAAAACAAAAAUCUGUUGACAAGAUACCAGCAAACGACGGGACUCGUUCUUCCGGAGAUACUCAGUAACUUGUCUCGACCUUCACAGAAGAUGUUCAGCAGCAGCAGCAGGAGGGAUUACAUGAGCGUACACGUGUUUUUCUCAUGAGUUUGUGCACCAUCGUCACGUUUUAGCAUCCCGGAAAAAAAACAACAACAUUUGUGAUAAUCAUGGAACAAAUUCCUCAUCGAAGGUGAGGUGAAGUUUCAGGGCCAUUCAGUAAUAAGUACAAUGAGGUUUGGAGGGGUUUUUUUUUUUUUUAUGUAUCUAGAAAAUGAUUUAUUGUAAAUAUAUAAAUGCAAAUAUGUAUCAUAUUGCUGUCCACAGCCAUGUACUUAAAAGACAAAAAAUUACAUUUUUUAAAAUAUUUGUUUUAGGAUGGAAGCAUUGCAAUCUAGAAGACACUGUCAUGAACGUGUAAAACAUUUAAUCAUUUAAAGUGAUACAGAAAAGGUUUAUUUGAAUAAUUAACGUGUAUAUUUGUAAAGAUAUUUAUAGACUUAACAUGUGGUUCUUAAGUUCGAAAGGUCUAGUUUAGGAUUUUAGUACUGUACGCAAAGAUUUUUAUUUCAAUUUUUUUGUAACUUAUUUUACAACAAAACUGCGACGUUAUUUUCACAACUGGCAGAUUCCUCUAGUUUUUGAUCCAUCGGUUUUUUUCUUUUUCUUUUUUCUUUUUUCUUUUUUUUUUUUUUGGUUUGUUUACAGUUUUAAAAAAAAAAAAAAAAAAAAGAAAAGAAUGUACGACAUGAUGAUUUUUGAGAGCGAGUGUGAUUCGACCGCCAGAGGACGACCGGUGACCUGAGCUGGAUGUUUCACGCUGAGCUCAAAACUCUGGUUUGAAAAGUUGACGUUUGCGAUAUAAAAGCAACGAUUAACUCUUGCUGGGCAAGAAAGAGCAGCGCUUGGAGACAUGUACCAGAGAGGCCUUUUAGUACGACUGAAGUACUUAAAGACGUGUUGAACAUCAACAACAUCGAGCUGUGAACCAGGAGAAGCCUUCAGAGAACCUCAGCAGCCUGUUUCUAACGUCAAACCCUGCUACUGAUGAUAUUUCACUAUCCAGUCUCGACUGAAGUGAAUUAUAGGAUGGAUUGGCAGCCUGUUUGCUACUUAGCGCACAACAUUUUAUUAAUGUAAAACAAUGCACUGCAGUGCUCUCCAAAACCCCCACAAUGAAACACAGAAAGUUCCUAGCAUGUAUGCUAGUGUCCUUUUUGCUAAAAACACCAAAUCCCACAAUGCAAUUAGAGUUAAUGCCGAUCUACACCUUUCACAUACGCUGAAUGAUGACAAAUACAUUUAGAGGAACUGUGGCAGCAAUAGAUUUUAAGAGCAAAUAUAUAUAUAUAUGAAAGAAAAAGCGCUUUUUAGCUGCAGUGCACUCUGGGGGUUUGAGUCCAUUUAGAGGGCAGAAAUUGUUCUCUGAAGCUCUCUCUACUUGAUUCUGAGUCUUCACCCAAAAAUGUGACAUUUACCAUCAAAUACAAGAAUAAAUGAAACGCACCAAUCGACAACCAGGACACACGAAUUCAAAAUACUCUUUAAUCACCAUCGUCGUGUUUAUCGGCGUUAAAGCGGAUCCAGGCGGAUUCGAAGGUGCUUCUGAAGGCUUCAAACUCUUAUUGUAACAGAAAGGUCACAGGGUCAAUUCUAACAAGUUGCGUGUAGUGACUCUCAGCACCUGUGUGCACACUCAUGGGUAAAAGCAUCAGCUCGAAGGCAGAAGUGUAAAAGCUGUUUUGUCCUUUUGUGCUUGAGUGUUGCUAAAAAAGAGAAAAAAAACUUGCCCAGACGCUUGAGAUUUUAUCGCUGCUCUAUAGUAUUAAUACUGAAAUGAAGGCACGCUGUGUGAUCUGUAUGUUGCACGGCAAGAAAAGAAAAUAUAUGGACAGUGUAUAUAUGUAUAUAUAUAUAUACUAUAUAUAUAUACAUAUAUAUCAGUUUGUUAAGGAAGAGUCUGAGGUGGAUGCUUCUUCAAGAAAAGUGCCAAAUUAGUUUUAAAAGUCUAUUUCACAGAGUUUUCCAGAUCUCUGAACCAAAUUACUGCACUGUCGAAUGUAGGCGGGCGGAGGUUACAUGUGCAGGGAAGGAUCAUGGGAUUGCCAAAUCAAUACCCCCACCCACCCCCUCCACCCCCCACCCCACCCCCUUCUUUUUCAUAUGCAGUCGUCUCUCCAGCUGACCCCAAAAAAAAAAAAAAAAAAAGCAUUAGGGUUGAAAUGUUUACAGAGUCUGUUUUCAGCAACGUUCACGAAAGGGAAAGCGACGUUCAAGUGGCAUUGAAAGGUUCAGAAACACGAUUGACUCGCUGCUAAAUGGAAAUGGUGGCAACACUUCGCUGUGCAACGGCCUUGUUCCGGUGUAGGAACGGAGUUUAUAAAUACCCAACAAGACUGUGUCGGUACUUAAUGAAAUCUCUGCAGUAUUUGAAGUACUUAAAAGAGUGAAAAUAUGUAUUUAAAUCUGUUGCUACACUGGGAGAUUUAUAUGUUUGUUUUGUUUUAUUUUAGCACCAAAUCAUGUACUUUUUCUUUGGUUUCUACACAGAAACAAGGCCUUUGUAAAGUGAAGGGUUACACAGAGUUAUUGUUACUUCUGUUUUCAGUUUUGGCCCAAAUCUACAAAGUGCCUGGAAUAAUUUAGCAAACAAAAAGGAGAUUAAUUGAUUAAUUUUGAUCACAUUUUGAAUGUAUAAUUGCAAAAAAAAAAAAAACCCAUAAAAAAAUGAAAAAUGAAAAAGCAGUUGUGACUAGAAGCAGGCUGUGUAAGUAUGCGCCUGAUUUUUCUUUUUUUUUUUUUUUGAGUGAACAAGGCAGACAAAAAGGCACUUGUUUAAAGGUUGGAUGGAUCUAAUGAAACGGAUGGUGUUUUAUUUUAUUUAUUCUUCCAUGCUGGGUAAAAGCUUUCCCUAUGGUGAGAGUAUUUUUAUUCAUAGCUAUCUGCUUUUCAGUGUUGUUUUUCAUUACAGAGCCAGAAGAUGAUGAUGAUGAUGAUGAUGACGUAGAGUAGUCAUGUUACUAGAUACUGAUGCCCCCCAUCAGGCUUUGCUCCUUGCAUAAUUUAUCCUGUAUUUUAUUUUUAUUUCAUUUGGAUGCCCUCCCUGGCCUUUUUUUUCUGUAUCCUUGUCGAGCUUUUUAACGGCCUCUGUCUCUCCGUUAAGGUCACUUUUAAAAUGGAUGUGUUGUUUUUAACGUGCGUCUUGCUUUUGACAGCUAAAUUGAAGAGCUACUGUAUGUUGCAAACUGCUGGAUAUCCAUAAUAGUGGAAAAAUGGCAACUAAGAAGUGUAAUUACUUGCAGUCUGUAUUGUGGUUCGGCCCAGCUCAGCUUAGUAAUGGACACAAAUACGGUACUUUAAAACCCUUACUAACUGAUUGCCCUAAUUUACGUCAAAAUAGUUCUAUCCUUUUAGAUCCGGUGUAACUGACACUUUCUGAGGACGUCGUUAUCCCCCAUGUCUCUUAUGAUUAAACAUUUAUUAAUCUGCUUAGAAAUCAUACAAGACGUCAGUUUAAAUACAGAACUUUCCAUAGAUCUGUGGGUACAAACAAAAUCUGUUAAUCGCUAAUUUAGCAUGUUUUUAAUUCUGCCAAUUUGUCAAAAUAGAAAGAAAAUAAUCAGUAAAAAGCUUUAAGCCAGUGGCUGCAGCCAUUUUCUGUUGACAUUUAAAUGUCAAAGCCCUGUGUCCACUUCACAUACGUCAUACACAGUUAAUGUUCUAGUUAUUUACACUAUUAAAAAUGCUUUUAAGUUGUUUUUGUUUAUUUUUGAGUUUGCCACUCAGAACGUGGAAGCUAGUUAGCCUAGCUCGCUAAUAAUGUUAACACUGGUUCCUACUAGGCAUUACUUUAUGUUCAUGUUAUUUCAAUACCUCAUCGAGA